ACGAGGGUCCACUGAGAAAUUUCGUGGUUGUCUCUACUCUGAUCUGGAAAGAAAUCGACCGAUCACAUAGUUCCCAAAUCUGUUCAAAUCGUCGGGGAAAUUGUUGAGAAACUGAAAGUCUAAGAUGGCUUCCACAUUCAGCGGCGAUGAAACUGCUCCUUUCUUUGGCUUCCUCGGCGCCGCUGCGGCCCUCGUUUUCUCCUGUAUGGGAGCUGCGUAUGGGACGGCCAAGAGCGGUGUAGGUGUGGCGUCGAUGGGAGUGAUGAGGCCGGAGCUGGUUAUGAAAUCAAUCGUCCCCGUUGUUAUGGCCGGUGUUUUGGGUAUUUAUGGGUUGAUUAUUGCGGUUAUUAUUAGCACUGGGAUUAACCCGAAGGCCAAAUCUUACUACCUUUUCGAUGGCUACGCUCAUCUUUCCUCUGGUCUUGCUUGUGGCCUCGCUGGUCUCUCAGCCGGCAUGGCUAUUGGAAUCGUCGGCGAUGCUGGUGUUAGAGCCAAUGCUCAACAGCCAAAGCUUUUUGUUGGAAUGAUUCUUAUCCUCAUUUUUGCCGAGGCUUUGGCUCUGUAUGGACUCAUCGUCGGUAUCAUCCUCUCUUCUCGUGCUGGUCAAUCCCGAGCAGAGUAGAGUGCAAGAUUCUGAAACUUGGGAUGUUGCUAGUUGCCAUUAGUUGGUUGUUUUGCAUCCGAUUCUUGUCACUAGCAUGCAGUAUGAAACAUUGGUGAAGUUAUUCUGAACUCGUUCAUGGAUCUUAUUUAAGCGUUCUAUGUUGUUUGUAUGAUUAGAAGAUAGAUUUAAUUCAAAAUAGAUCAUGUUUUGCAUUGCUUUUCUUAUCUAUUUCUGGAAUCUAGUGUAAGUUCAAUGUACUGAAAAGACCAUUUUUAUGAUACUUGAUCUCAGUUCUGUCUCUGUUCAUCUUUCU